AUGACUUGCAUCACCAAACCCAUUAGACGAAACCGUGCCAGCGAAUUUGUCAGAGAAGAAAUGAUUUUAUCACUGACAGGAUUCCGACUUAAAAAGUACUUGCGGAUGCGCGAUAACCAGCAAAGACCACAGUUCCGAAAGCCGGCUGAUGUGCCUAUUGGAAGAAGUGCGAAUGGACGAGGUAAGGGUCUAAUCUAA